AUGUUCUCUGGCGCACUCGGGUCUCCCAAGGGGAAAGCCGUAGGCUAUGCGCUGAUUGAAGCAACGCCUACCACCUUCUCUUGGUCGGCAGCUUUGGAGGACGAUGAUGGGCCCCCAAUGCCCAUUGAUCGAUACCUGAUUAAAUUCGAUAGGGCUUCGAGAAAGAUAUCCCCUCCGGAACCCAUCGUACUCUCCGAGACAGAACUUGCGGAGGCAAUUUUCGCAGCAACGGGUCAACACUUGGCUUCGUCGACAAGGUUCACCGACGGCGCUCUAAGUAUCUCGUACAAAGUCACGGUCCAGGAGAGCUUGGAUAUCGCAUAUGUAGUUCAGCUACGCCAUCACGGCCGUGUCUCGUCCAUGGAUUCGAUCAUGACCUUGAUCUCGAGGACGGUUGACCAUCGGAUCUUGCCUGUGCCUCCUGUGUAUCCAAUACCAGGAGAAUGGAGACGGCAAGAGACCACGGGAAUGGGCAGGCAAAUAACUCGGCUUAUACCAGGCGUUAUGGCAUCCUCAGUCUACCCUCAAUUAUCACACAACGAGAAACUCGUUUUUGUGCAGAAGAUGGCUGUCGCGUUUCAGGCUUGUUGGCAAAUCCAGCUCCCGGAGGAUCAUCUGAUCGGUGAGCUUACUGCCGCUACGAUUGACGGUCGAGUCGUCCUCAAGAUCGAGCCCGAUCGACACUGCAGCCUCGGCGGCCCGUUUGCUUCUGUACGCGAGUAUCUCCGAGCGUACAUCAGGUUCUCACUCGCUGCCCUCGAAAAACAACAAGGUAUUGAGGAUUAUAAGGAGCAGUUUCUAGAGCGCAUAAGGGAUAUUGUGGACAACCACCUGCACGAAAUUCCUGCCAUUGUCGAAGAUAUUCCAAUCGUCGCCAUGCACGCGGACAUGGGCCUUCACAACAUCAUAGUGUCUGCUCAGAGUCCCACCGAGAUACAAGCCGUCAUUGACUGGGAGUUCGUAUCCAGCGCACCAUAUGCCUCACUCUACCGGAUCAUUGAGAUGCUUUUCCGCGAGCCUGCUCUCAAUGAGUUCGGCCCGGAGUACGAUCGUGCGGAUGAACUCCGCAAGGCAUUCUGGGCCGCCAUCCACGACUGGGAGCAGUGGAAUCAGAGCGAGGCGACACAGGCAUUCCUGGAGUGGUUCAGGUUCGGCCUCUUCAUGAAGCCUGAAUGGCGACCCAAAGACUUGUCCCCUGAUGAGAAAAGAGACUUUUGGCAAGAAAACAUUCGAGUUGUUGAGCGCAUUUUGAGCAAGCACUUGACUGAUGGUGAGCCAGCAUAG